AUGUCAAAGGAGUUGCCAGUGUACAGGGAUUACACCAGUCUAGUGAAACGCUGCCAACUGGCCUGCGGAUUGUAUCCGCAUCAGCAGAGCAUCGUCAGUAAAUACCUGCCCAGAGUUUUGAUUCUGAGCUACUGUAUUAACAGCUACGCCUGGACAGUGCCAUUUUAUCGGCUGGGCUACUAUGCGUACAUCUGCCUGGUUUUCACCGCGACGCUCUACUCCAUCAAGCCUCUGAUAGCGAUGACGGUUCGUCACGCGAAUCAUUCGACGCCGCUUCCCUCGAUUUACCCUUGGCCGAUCGAUUCGACCGCGAUCUUCGUGCUCCAUUAUUUAUUUGAAACGGGCAUUUGCUAUUCAUUUUUCGCCGUCGCGACCGGGGUGGACAUGUACUUCACUCUAUGCGCAUUUUACAUAGCUACGCAGUUCCGGGCGAUGGCCAGGGAAUUGAAACGACUGCCGGAAGACAGGAACGACGUGGCAAAUUCUGUGAACGUUCUACGAAGCUGCAUCAGGCGACACGCUUUGUUGAUCAAGUGUCGGGACGAUAUUCAAGAGAUCUACGGGCCCAUCGUUUUGACGGUUACGACGCUGAACACUGUGGGUAUGUGCGGCAUGAUUUUCGAAAUCCUGCAGCAAACCAAGGAAAUCACGAUUGAGAAAGCCUGCACUUUAAUCAUUUUCCUUACUGGGAAAGUACUCCAGACACUUACCUACGCUUGGCCCGGGGACGUGGUCGCCUAUGAGAGCGAAAUUUUUCAACGCGAGGUUUACUCUAACGAUUGGUUCGAUCAUGUAGAGACCAGAUCCGCGAAACUCACUCUCAUGAUCCUAACACAGCGGAAGAUGAGCCUGAACGCGUGUAGUUUAUUGAAUAUUUCUUUGGAUCUCUUUGCUAAGAUCAUGAAUAAAACGAUAUCUUACUAUUUCUUAUUGGUAACGCUCGAGUCUGACGAAUAA